GGCACUACUAGUGCUUUCAAAAUCCCAAUCGGCCAUUGUUGAAGGCGAUUCCAUUUAAUACUUUCUUGAAUUUUUCGUUUUUUAUAAUAGUUUACUUGGAAAUAAAUAAUUUUUAUUCUUAAAACUCAGUGCCCGAUAUUCCGUAAGCCAUAACUGAGGCUUAUUUAACCUUAAGAGUUCAUAUUUUCAAAACCUAAAUGCGUUCAAAAUGUCACGCGAAGUGAGCAUCAGAUUCGAGAACACCAUACCAUGCACGAAAUAAAUGUGGUUUUCUUUUAAAUAAGUGAUUGUUGACUGUGAAAAGAAGUUUCUGUACACGUCGUAAGGAAGCGCAGUUACGCGGGCGAAGGCUUCAAAGUUACCGGUAUCAUUAUGGUGGACUGAGAAAGUGUUUAUUAGUGGAAUACUAUUGGAUACAUGUUGUAAACAGUGCCGUGACGGCUCCGCACACGAUGUCUGGCGGUUCGCAGCACAAUCCAAACGGCCGGCAAUCUCAACUGGGCCCCGGCUGGAGCCCCUUGCAGUUACAGGUGGCGAAUUUCCUGGCGCGUGCCCCCCAGGCCCACAUGGCGUCUGACCGUGGUGUAACGUGGCACACGCCCACCCCGCCGCCACACCUCUACCACGUGCCAGCGCCUUCACCGCCGGACCCCUUGCAGGGUCUAUUGCAAUUGCAGGCGAUGAAGAACGCCGCAGGGAACUCUGUGUUCAGACACACUGCGACCCCACCAGAGUUGUAUCGGCACACACCCACACCGCCAGACAAACAUCUGUUAAGGCACACUCCUUCGCCUGGUGACGUCAAAGCAGGCGCGGCACUCCCUCCUGGCGAUCUAUAUCCACAUUUGGGACCAGGCCGAGACAAACUGCGGCCCGAGGAGUUGAUGUACGCGCGCGUGGGCGUGGACCUGUCGGUGUCGGGGCGGUCGGGCGCGGGGGCCAACGGCGCGGCGUGCCCCGCGGCGGCGCCGUCCCCGGGCGCGGGCGGGCCGGGCGGGGCGGGCCCCGCGCUGUCCGUGCGCGACGCGCCCACCAUCAACAGCCUGAUCGCGCGCGCGGCGCCCCACGCGCGGCCGCCGCACGCGCGCGUCGACGCGCUGCUCGAGCGGCUCGUGCCGUCGCCCGUGUCGCCGCACUCCGUCAUCGUGCACUCGCGCGCCGCGCCCACGCCCUCGCCGCCCUCGUCCAAUGAGGACUCCACAGAUUCAUGUGGAGCACCACCUGGUUCCAAAAGAAAAAGAAAGCCAGAAAGAACGCUACGUGUACCAACAGUUCCACUCAUAACUCCUCCGGUGGGGCUGGCGGCGGGCCCCUCCCCCGAGGCGUCGAGCCCCGCCCCCGCGCCCGCGCCCGCCGCCCCGCCCGCGCCCGCCACCGCCGCCUCGCCCUCGCCCGCGGCCCGCCUCGCCUCGCCCGCGCCCUCCGCCACGCCCCUCGAGAACGGGGAAGCCCCGCACGCGCAGCACAACGGUCCGCAACGACACUCGCCGCCGCCGGCCUCGCAGCAACUGCAGCUACAACAUCCCCAGCGAGAACCCCAGCCGGAGGACCCGCAACCGGAUCGUCCUCCGUCCCGAAGAAAAACACGAUCGGGCUCCGCGGAAACGAUAGACGAUAUCGCAGCUAUGAUCGCGAGUACGACGCGAUCGGAACCCGAGCCUGCGCCGCCGGCGCUGCCUCCAGAGGUGGCGGCCGUCCCGCCCCUGGAACAGGAAGCGCCGGUGACUAUUGACAAAUUGAAAAGCGUUCUCGCGAGCCCUGAGCCCGCCAAACCUGAAAUUGAACCGGAGGUGCGUAAAUCUCCACCGAAAAGCGAGGAAAAACCUUCGGAAACCCCUCCCGCUGUGGAAGCGGCGGCAGCUCCGCGAAGACGAAGCGCCCGCACGUCUAACUCCGAAUCUACCAAUGUACCUGUUGAAUCUCCUUCCGAGGCGAAACCGGCCGAGCCCGAGACGAGCGGUGCUCGAAGUGCGGAGCCUACCGCCGCGAGUUUCGUCGAAGUCGAAAACCAGCUAGAAAAAAUGUUCGCCGGCCUAGAAGAAGCGCCUGCAGGCAACGAUAACAAUGGAACGGAAAGCGCUCCUGAUAGUUCCCGAAAACCACAAACGGCUAAAGCGAGAAAACGCAGAAAAUCUGCGCCGGCAAAGGGCGAGAGGAAAGCGUCCAGACGGUUAAGUCGAGCAUCCACAGUGGACGAUGGACCGAGAAGAAAGAUACCAAGAAAGAAAAUCAAUUCAGGAAAGGGCAAGAAAGGCAAAGAACCUGUAAAAGAUGCCUAUGAUUCUGGCAGCAAUGCGAGCUCUAGCCGAUCGAGGGGGCCAUACAUACAGAUACGAGGUCCCCGGGAUUCGCCGCUGUCCGUGUCGGUUAUCAACGCGUCGACCGGCGAGGACGACAGUGAAAUGCCGACGCACAGACGCAAAAAUGGCGAGGAGUUCCGUAACGGCCUGCGCGCGCGCGGUCUGCACGCGAGCACGCUGGGGCUGCGGUACGACGCGAGCACGGCCGACGUCACGUGGCGCUGCGUGUUCUGCGAGCGCGGGCCCCACGCCGCCGCCCCCGUCGCCCCGCUCGGGGACCUCUUCGGGCCCUACGCCGUCUCCACCGACUGCGACGAGUACAGGGCGCUGGACGAGUCGGUGCGGCGCGGCGUGGGCGGCGGCGGCAGCGCGGAGGUGUGGUUCCACGAGGCGUGCGGCGUGUGGGCGCCCGGCGUGGUGGCGGCCGGCGCGCGCGUGUGGGGGCUCCCCGCCGCCGUGUGGGGCGCGCGCGGGGCCAGCUGCGCGCGCUGCGCCCGCCCCGGGGCCGCGCUCGCCUGCUCGGCGCGGGCCUGCCCCGCACGCGCACACCUGCCCUGCGCGCCCGCCGCCGGCUGGAGACUAGACCCCGCGGCCUUCCGCGCGCUCUGUCCCCGACACGCGCCCGCCUAG